UCCUGCAUUUCUUCCUCGUUGCUGUCCCUAUCGCUCUCCAGUCGGUUUGUCGGUGCCCAGCAGUACAGAGCUCUGCAUACACCUGAGCCAGCCUGCAUCCUCCCACCACUCCCCAGUGCCCUCGGCUACCUCAGACGCCCUGGGGAUUCCUGUAUGUCCACGAAGGGCAGGAAAUGCAAGGAGCUGCCCGCUGGCAGGGUCAGCUUCCCAGAGCUGGGGGAACGCGGGGGAUGGCUGGCAAAAAAUGGGAGUCAGUGGGCACCACUGCCCCAGCCACGGGGAGUGCUGGUCUUACCUGCGGAGAGCAGCUCGUUUAUUGCUGGGGGGUCCCACAGUGACUGCUACCCACUCCACUCUCUAGCAGGUGAAGGGAGCCCAUCUAUGAGACGAGUAACCAUGAUAAGGGAGAAGGGAAGGAGGCAGGCAGUCCGUGGCCCAGCAUUCAUGUUUAACGACCGAGGACCAAAUCUGACUGCGGAGGAAGAGCGUUUCUUAGAUGCUGCAGAGUAUGGGAACAUUCCUGUGGUUAGAAAGAUGCUGGAGGAGUCAAAAACACUGAAUGUCAAUUGUGUGGAUUACAUGGGACAAAAUGCCCUCCAGUUGGCUGUAGGGAAUGAACAUUUAGAAGUGACUGAACUUUUGCUGAAGAAGGAGAACCUGGCACGAAUUGGGGAUGCCUUGCUGCUAGCAAUUAGUAAAGGUUAUGUUAGGAUAGUUGAAGCCAUUUUAAAUCAUUCUGCUUUUGCAGCAAGCAAAAGACUAACCCUUAGUCCGUGUGAGCAGGAGCUACAGGAUGAUGAUUUCUAUUCCUAUGAUGAAGAUGGUACUAGGUUCUCCCCAGACAUCACACCCAUUAUCCUCGCAGCCCACUGCCAAAAAUAUGAGGUUGUGCAUAUGCUAUUAAUAAAAGGAGCAAAGAUAGAACGGCCACAUGAUUACUUCUGCAAGUGCAGUGACUGCAUGGAAAAGCAAAAGCAUGACUCUUUCAGCCACUCAAGAUCCAGGAUAAAUGCCUACAAGGGACUGGCUAGUCCUGCUUACCUCUCGCUUUCCAGUGAAGAUCCAGUCCACACAGCAUUGGAGCUAAGCAACGAAUUAGCCAAACUUGCCAAUAUUGAAAAGGAAUUCAAGAUCCGAAAGAGUGCUGAAGUGAAGGUCACAUAUAAUGACUAUCGCAAAUUGUCUAUGCAAUGCAAAGACUUUGUGGUUGGUGUCCUUGACUUGUGCCGGGAUUCUGAAGAAGUUGAGGCUAUUUUAAAUGGAGAUGUCGAUGCUGAACCAGUGGAAUCUCAGAGACACAGGCCUUCACUGAGCCGAGUUAAACUGGCUAUUAAGUAUGAAGUUAAGAAGUUCGUGGCACACCCCAAUUGCCAACAGCAACUUUUAACAAUCUGGUAUGAAAACCUCUCAGGAUUACGGGAACAGACUAUUGCCAUCAAAUGUUUGGUUGUGCUGGUCGUCGCCUUGGGACUGCCAUUUCUCGCUGUUGGUUACUGGAUUGCUCCAUGCAGCCGGUUAGGCAAGGUUCUCCGCAGCCCAUUCAUGAAGUUUGUGGCACAUGCUGCAUCAUUCAUCAUUUUCUUGUGCCUACUCGUCUUCAAUGCUUCAGACAGGUUUGAAGGCAUUAAAACUCUACCAAACAUCACUGUCAUUGAAUAUCCAAAGCAGAUUUUCAGAGUGAAAACCACAAGGUUCACAUGGACGGAAAUGCUCAUCAUGGUAUGGGUUCUAGGAAUGAUGUGGUCAGAAUGUAAGGAGCUAUGGCUGGAAGGUCCCAGGGAAUAUGUACUUCAACUGUGGAAUGUUCUGGAUUUUGGAAUGCUCUCCAUCUUUAUUGCAGCAUUUACUGCAAGGCUCCUAGCUUUCAUACAGGCUUCCAAAGCUCAACAGUAUGUGGACAAAAAUAUCCAAGAAAGUGACCUGUCAUUGGUCACACUUCCUCCUGAAGUGGAGUAUUUUACUUACGCCAGAGAUAAAUGGCUGCCGUCUGAUCCACAGAUUAUAUCUGAAGGCCUAUAUGCAAUAGCUGUUGUUCUGAGCUUCUCACGCAUAGCCUACAUCCUGCCAGCCAAUGAAAGUUUUGGACCUCUACAGAUAUCCCUUGGGAGAACUGUGAAGGACAUCUUUAAGUUCAUGGUCCUUUUCAUUAUGGUAUUCCUGGCAUUCAUGAUCGGGAUGUUUAUCCUGUAUUCUUAUUACCUUGGAGCUAAAGUGAAUUCCGCUUUCACAACUGUGGAAGAGAGCUUUAAAACACUGUUCUGGUCCAUAUUCGGCUUGUCGGAAGUAACUUCUGUAGUUCUGAAAUACGACCACAAGUUUAUAGAGAACAUCGGCUAUGUGCUCUAUGGCAUCUACAAUGUGACCAUGGUGGUGGUCCUCCUGAACAUGCUUAUUGCCAUGAUAAACAGCUCCUACCAAGAAAUUGAGGAUGACAGUGAUGUGGAAUGGAAAUUUGCCCGAUCGAAGUUAUGGCUAUCGUAUUUUGAUGAUGGAAAAACACUCCCUCCUCCAUUCAGUGUUGUUCCAAGCCCUAAAUCAUUUGUGUAUCUUAUAAUGAAGAUUGUCAACAUUCUGAAGUGUAGAACAAGAAAACUGCAGAAAGACAUUGAAAUAGGAAUGGGUGACUCCAAAUCCAGGUUAAACCUCUUCUCCCAGUCUAAUGCCAAAGUUUUCGAGUCAAGAAGUUUCAACAGUAUUAUGAAUCAGCCAACCCGCUAUCAACAAAUAAUGAAAAGACUUAUAAAAAGAUAUGUGCUGAGAGCCCAAGUGGACAAAGAAAACGAUGAAGUGAAUGAAGGUGAACUAAAAGAAAUAAAACAAGAUAUUUCAAGCCUCCGCUAUGAACUCCUAGAAGACAAAUCACAAGCUACUGAAGAAUUAUCGGCCUUGAUUCAUAAAUUAAGUGAAAAGCUAAAUCCCAGAGUGUCGAGGUGCGAAUGAAUCCUGAAGAUUUGUCAGCAGAAAGUACCAUGGCAAUAAACUAUAAAAGCAUCUGAUACUUGAAGAAAAAAUGAGUCUGACAGAUUUAUAGCACACAAUUAACUAAAUUUGUCAUUGAAAUCUAAGUCUUAUAAACGUACCUCCAUGUGACACUUGCUCUGCAAGUUCCAGGGUAUCAUGGUCAUGUCAUAAUGAUUCCAGUAGAUAGGUUUGGAUAAUGUCAUCACUUUAGUCCAGGCUUACAGUGUUAGUUCAGUGCCGGUCUCUCACUCGUUCUGCAAAGAUUGGUGCUGAGAGAUGAAACUGACAUUGGGUGGUACAGUCACUGCGGCGACUGUAUAAUGCCCAGAAGAUUCUGGGCUCAUGCACGGAACCCACUGGGUAUCAUAUGGUUGCCUUGGCAACUGUAUAGCUGAGAGUGAGCCGUGUCUCUCCACACUAAUCUCUGAAGAACAGGUUUGGAUCCGGUGGGAGAAUUUUAAAACCAGUUGCAGCCAUAUCCCUGCCGGACCCGUGCAGUACACCUUUCAUUUCAAUAAACUGGAUGGAGUGAGUAUCUGUUUAUUUUUUUUUGCUGGACUGAAAAGUGCUGCAGACCACAUUUUUCAGAACUGCAAAAAAUUGUAUACAGUCCAAAAAUAAGCCAUCGAGAGUCACUAGCUGACUCCAUCCAGCUUAUUGAAAGAAUGGGGUACGGCAGGGAUAUGGCGGCAACUGGUUUUCACAUUCUCCUGCCGUAUGCCCCAAACAUGGUGUGAAUGCUGCCUUCCAAUAUUUAACAUGAUGUUAGAUUUUUCCAUUUUGGGGCAUUAAAAUUUUGUUGUUCAGACUUCAAAGGCACAAUAUAGUGGAGACCUAAGGGUGCAAGAACAGUAGAAGGAAAAGGAGCUAUAUGACCAGCUUGGAUGAUGAUAAGAGUUAUGACAAUGUCCUUUGCUUUUGUCACCUAGUAGUGUACACUGCUUUACUUCUAAAACAUUGGUGCAGAUGUUUCCAUUUAGCAAGGAACUAUUUUUGAAAAGGAGACAAAAGUUAUUCUUAGAACUAGAUGCUGAAUAAUAUUAUAACAUGUAUGACUGAUCAUAAUGAGCGUGUUGUCAAUACAACAUAACAGGCCAUUUAUUCUAGAGAAUAUUUGAAUAGUUUGGUUUAAUUUAAGUUACACUUCUAUCUUGAGACAGGUGGGAGCUAGUACCAUCCACAACAAUAUCUUAUGGGGUGCACAGUGAGGAUACAACUGUCUGUCUGCAGGUAUAAAUGAGCAUCAAUAGAAGAACAAACAACAAUACUGAUUCACUAAGAGCUUGCAGAUAUAACGGUGUUUGCUCAUGCUGUGCUGUAUAUUCCUUUCUACUGCAGUAUCCAUAAGUCUGAACAGGGACAGCUAAAAUGUCCAACAAGGAUCCUGCUGCAUUAAUCUCCUGGCCAUUGCACAUUAAGGAACUAUAAUUACUAUUAACAUAUCAUUAUGGAUAGAGUGUAGAAUCUCCAAAGGCAUGAAGGAUGUAUAGGAAGGCAUCAAGUAAUGGAGUAACUGCUUCUUAGUUAUAGAUCAAAGUCUUCUGGAAUGUUAGGAUUUAAUUUGGUUCAUUAAUCAGUUUAGUCUAGUGGACAAUUGGAAUGGCCAUGAAUGCAAACAGCUAAGAACAAAUGUUGAACAAUUCCCAAAUGCUGGGACAUACACCUACCUUAACAUGUUGCUGAUCAGUGAUGUUCCUUAAUAGCAGUGACCUCUUUCAGCAGGUAAUUUGCCCUGCCAGACUGCAAAAAUUGUUCAGGAAUGGAUUGUGAAACAUGACAACAAGUGUAAUGUCUCCAGAUUCCUCAGGUCAGAACAACGUAGGUCCAAUUCUGGUAUCUGUCACUUUGGUUACAUCUUAGUGACAGAUACCUCAGUACACCCUCAAUGGUCUUAUGGAGCGCUUACCAGAGCUGCUCUGGCAGCACCGGGGAAGAGGGGGGGGGGGUCUAUAUUAUAUUAGGCAGAUGGUGUUAAUGUUAUUGCUGAUGGUGUAAAACAAUCAUAGAGCAAUGGAAGGUAAUAUUUUCCUAAAAUAUUUGCACAGCGUACAAAAAGAAAUAUCCUUUUUUAAAACAGGGCUUGCUUUACUGACAUCUAGUGGGCACUGUGAAGACUGCAGUACUUUGUAGAAAGGGUAAGCACUAAUGUACUAUUCCAUAUUAAAGGGGCACUCUAUAGGUACGUUUUUUUUUGUUUGUUUUUGUUUUUUUAAUAUGCCCCAAAAACCUUUACUUACCUACCAUGCUCCCCCGGUGCCUCCAGUAUCCUGCUCCCAGCUUCUGGUGCUACCCGCUUCCUGGUGCUCAGGGCUGAUCCUUCUCAGUGCAGCUCAGUGAAUGUCAGUGGUGUGCAGUCUCGGUCAGUGACUGGCUGAGCAGCAAUAUGAUGUAUUAAGCCCUGCCCCUCCCUUCUUCAUGUUGCCUUGAGGCCUCAAUGGUUACACAUCUUUUCUCAUUAAUUUCUGUAGGACAACUGGGCAUUUACAUCAGGUAAUCCCUCUAACUGGCACCAUGUGCAGAAGUAUCACCCAUAACCAAAGUCGUUAUAUAGCCAUGACACAUUCUACAGCUAAGAAAACCCCUGUAACAAAUAUAUUAAAGGGCCUAGGCUGACAAAUAAAACCUUUUACUCAUCUUCCGUGCUCCCUCAUAGCCUCCAGUAUCAGAACACCCUGUUAGUGGCCGGUGACAAUGCUUUCCCUAGAGCGGCAAAUCGUGACGUCUGCAGCUGAAGAAACUGACAGGGCUGUUCACCACUCACUGGUUCAGGUGGACACUGCUGCAGCCAAUGGUUGCCUGAGCAGCACUGUUACAUCACAUCUGCGGUACCGGAGAAGCAAAGUUCAGCAGAGUCGGGACAAGGAAGGUAAGUUAAAGGUAUUGUUUUAUUUGUCAGCCUGGACACAUUUAUAUAUAUAUAUAUAUAUAUAUAUAUAUAUAAAAAAGUUUGUCUGGAAAACCCCAUUAAAACAUUAUAGAUGUUGCUGUUCAGGAGAUAUGGAUACUUAAUUAUAUAAAAUUGUAAAAUUGUUAUUGAAAUUAAUACACAUGUACAGUGUGUGUUUUAUUUAGGAUAUUCUAUGUAUUGCAACUCGCCAUAUACUAUACUGCUGACCUAUUACCUUGUGCUCAGAAAAUAAUAUACUCAAUCAUGUUGGUCCUUUUCAAGGAUAUAGUUUACCUUAACAUACAUGUUUUUUUGUACAAGUACAAGGGGUUGUCCAGGAAUAGAAGAGCCAAUUCCUAUAAAAACAGCACCACCUCUGUCCUUAGGUUGUGUGUGGUAUUGCAGUUCAGUUCCAUUGAAGUGUAUGGAGCCAAGUUGUAAUGCCACACACAACCUGAGGACAGGUGGGGUGCUGUUUUUUUAUUUUUUAUUAGUCAUGUUUUUCUAAUCUUGGAUUGCCCCUGUAAGCAUUUUGGAUUAUUGUAACACCAAAUGAAAACAGAAUGAAAGUGGUUGUGGGAGCUUAAAAACAAGGUUGCUUUCCUUUAUGAAUAACACCACUCUGGUCUGUGGGCUGUGUUUGGUAUUACAUAUGUAAUACAACUGACCUGCUUAACAUGAUGCUAUAAAAACAGGUUAAGACAGUCAUAAACCUACCUAAACUCUUGUGUGUUUGGGGUCAUGCUGUGAACAGGCACUUUUUUCCAUAUAAUACAGUGGUCCCUCAACAUACGAUGGUAAUCCGUUCCAAACGGACCAUCGUUUGUUGAAACCAUCGUGUGUUGAGGGAUCCGUGCAAUGUAAAGUAUAGGACAGUGGUCUACAACCUGCUGACCUCCAGAUGUUGCAAAACUACAACACCCAGCAUGGCCGGACAGACGUUGGCUGUCCGGGCAUGCUGGGUGUUGUAGUUUUGCAACAUCUGGAGGUCCACAGGUUGUAAACCACUGUUAGAGAAAGUUGUACUCACCUGUCCCCGCAGCUCCAGACCGUCACCGCUGCCCGGGAUGUCGCCGUCCAUCGCUGUCGCCGCGUCCUCGAGGUGUCCCCGACGCUCCGGCAAGGCCUCUGCUUCCCCGGCAACCUCGCUCUCUGUCGCCGCUAUCACGUCGCUCCACACGCCACUCCUAUUGGAUGACGGGACGGCGUGCGCAGCGACGUGAUGACGUCAAUGAAGAUCGCCGACGAUGCAGAGGAUCCCGAAGAGCACGCGCCGGAGCCCCGAGGACAGGUGAGUGAUCAUCACCGGAGCUCACAGGGCACCGUAAACGGCUAUCCGGUGGCAGAUGAAGCAGUCUGCGCAGCCGGAUAACCGUUUAUGCGAUGGCCCCGACAUAAAAAAAGCAUCGUAUGUUGAUGCUGCCUUCAACAUGCGAUGGUUUCUGAGAUGUCAGGGGCCAUCGUAGGUCGAGGGGUCACUGUAUUAAUAUUAUUUAGGUCAGCACACUGCACUGUACAGUCACCAUACAGUUCAGAAGUUCAUUCAUGUCAUAUGUCUCCAGAUGUGAACUGCUGCUAAAAAUACUGGGAUAUGUUUUAAAUGUUUGGCAUCCAGAACCAAAAGAAGGUCCAUUGGAGCAUUAAGUCCGUAAAAGACUUUUUUUCUUAAUCACACACAUAUGUUUGCUCCCCCCCCCCCCCACCCCCAAGCGCUUCUAUCUCAUACAUGUACACCCAAUAGCAUAGGUGAUGUAGUUAUGAAAAUCAAAUAAAAAAAUGAAAGAAGAAUCUUCUGAUUUGUCUAUUAGUAACCAAGCUUUAACAUUGACCAGAUAAUAACCAUGUUUAUGACUGGUCCAUUAAAGUAGCAGAUUUUGUCUCUAAUCUGCAUUUAAAGGAUCAUUCCGAGCAAAAUGAGAACACCUGUGUAUUAUGAUGUUCAUACAGAUUAUGUAAACCAUGUUUCUCUCGUCUUCCGCUACCCUCCUCUGUUUAAAGUAAUAGACCGUGCAACAUCCCCACCUUGUGGUCAGACCUCUACAUAACAACUGUAAAUAAAUAGCCAAAUACAUGGUUUCGAUAUUCAAUAUGUAUCAAGUCUCCCAGGUUUCCAGAUACCUUAUUUAUGAUGUGGAGCCUCCAGAGAAUCCAAUCAUGCCGUGCUUAUGUUAUCAUACACCCCGAACAAGAUAAGCAGUUUUUAAUGAAAAUAUUCAUAGAUGGAGAAUGGAACGCUCUGCUGCUCCAGUUGCGUAGUAUAGAUACAAUCUUAUCUGAAGAGUCAAUAAGACCAGUAAUUGUGUGUUUCCUUACUAUGCUAUCAAUAAGAACUGAAUCUAGCUCCCCUGUGGUAGUGAAAGGAAAUGUAAUAACGUAAAAGCCAUUGAACACAAAGGACAAUUUAAUGCCAGCAGUCAUUUGCAUUGAAUGAGUUAUGAAGAAGACAGCUUCGGUACUCCAUAGAACAUGCUAUCACUGAUAGAAACCAUAUCAACAGAGCAUGCUGUAAUAUAGAUCUUUGAUAAAGGAACUUUGGACUUAAUAAUUUUAGUAAAGACUUUCUAUUUAAUAAUUUAUCAUACAUGUACACUGUAUACAGCCUUUGCUUUUAGCAAAACAAUAUGAGCAUUCAGUAAAACAAAGAUAUGCCCAGUAUAUAGCAGCCAUUUAAGAAGAUGAACAGAUACGAAUGUGAUGGAGGUCUCCUAUUAGGCAUUCAGU